CUCUCUCUAAAAAAUCCUCUUCUUUCAUUCUCUCUCAACAGCUCGACGGUGAGCGGAGGCCGGCGAGAGUAUUUUCUCGCCGGAGAGUCGCUCUGAUUUAAUUCGGAAUUUUGAAUUGUCGAGGUCUGAUACUCUUAAUCGGUAGCCGUGAAGAGGGAGAGGGAAAAUGGAGAUGGAAUUUUGAUUUUGUAUAUAUAUUUUUUUCUUUUUGAAUGAUUCUGUUCUUAUGGUUGGAUAGAAGAAAACAAAAAUGAAGAAAAGAGGGGAAAAAUAUUCUUUCUCUCUCUUGUGGUGAGCAAUAACUUGCAAUGCAGGGAAAAAGAUGCUGAGAUCGCUUGCCCUGCCUUCAUCCUUUAUGCCUUGAAUAUCUUUCUUUCUCUUUCUUCCUCAAUUGCUCCUUUUGGGUAAAUGCCUGUUGCAUUCUCCUCUUGCUACGCGGCAAUUCAAGACGUAAAAGCUGCAGGAUUCGUGGGAGAAAGCAGAAUUCGAGAUUUUCAUUAAGGGUUUUUUGGGAAGUUGUUCCUGUGAAGAAGCUGCGUGAUGCCGUUUGAGAUCAUGGAUCAAAGGGGUUCAUCUGCAUCUCCCCACUUCUUUGAAGACAUCAGGUUGCCAGCUGAGAGGAAAAUUGGAUUUUGGAAGCCAAAUAACAUGCUUGAUAACUCAGACAAGAUGGCCGCUUCUUCACCAUCCGAACUGCCACUGUCGAAUCUGGCCAGAGACCAGGAAGGAAAGCUAGGCAUGGGGGGAAGAGGAGGAAUUUCUAGUUUGUCUGAGAGUUCACGGAAUUCGGCAGAUCGUCAUCCAAAAUCUUGGUCUGAUUUGUAUAUGCUAACAGCAGCAAAUAAUAUAAAUGGAAACAGGGCCAAUGCCAACUUGAUCCAGCAUGAAAGCAGUUUGUUCUCUAGUUCUGUGUCAGAAGUAUUUAGUCGGAAGUUGCAAUUGAUGAGAAAUGGUGCUCCAUCUCAUCAACCUGCCGUUAAAGUUGCUGCCAACCAUGAGGAAGAUCCUUUUGAAUCUCUUGAAGAAAUUGAGGCAAAGACCAUUGGAAAUCUCCUUCCUGACGAAGAUGAUCUUUUUUCUGGAGUAAUUGAUGAAUUGGGACUUGAUACUCCUGCCAAUAGGGGUGACGAAUUAGAGGAGUUUGACCUAUUUAGCAGUUGUGGUGGCUUGGAAUUGGAAGGUGAUGAUCGUUUAGGUGUGGGCCAAAGAAAUAUAGAUCUUGUAGGAGCAUCCAAUGGUUCAAUUGUCGGUGAACACCCUUAUGGUGAACAUCCUUCUAGAACUCUUUUUGUGAGAAACAUUAACAGUAGUGUUGAAGAUUCUGAACUCAAAGCACUUUUUGAGCAAUAUGGAGAUAUCCGUACUCUCUAUACAGCCUGCAAGCAUCGUGGGUUUGUUAUGAUUUCUUAUUAUGAUAUAAGGGCAGCCCGAAAUGCGAUGAGAGUUCUCCAAAAUAAGCCAUUGAGGCGUAGGAAACUCGAUAUACAUUAUUCUAUUCCAAAGGAUAAUCCAUCUGAAAAAGAUGUCAAUCAGGGAACACUGGUGGUUUUCAAUCUUGAUUCCUCUGUUUCAACUGAUGAGCUUCAACGGAUUUUUGGUGGUUUUGGAGAAAUUAAAGAAAUCCGUGAGACUCCACAUAAGCAAAAUCACAAGUUCAUUGAAUUUUAUGAUGUUAGAGCUGCUGAUGCUGCUCUUCAUGCAUUGAAUAGGAGUGACAUUGCUGGGAAGCAGAUCAAACUUGAACCUAGUCGUCCAGGGGGUGUAAGACGUUUUGUGCAACAAUCAGACCAGGAGCAAGAUGACUCUAAUCUCUGUGAAAGCCCUUUUGAUGACUUCAUGGCAGGACAAAUUGCAAUAACUGGGGUAAGUGCAUCUGGCUACAUGGAUAAUGGAUCUGCCUCAGUAUUACAGAAUGUUAUUGAGUCACCUGUGAACACGUUUAUUGAACCAAAUCGAACGUCUAGUGUUCCAAUUAACUUACCCUCUCCUGCAAGAGUGGCAUCCAUUAGCAACCAAUAUAACCUUCAGGAGCCAAACCAGUCUGUGGAUGAAAUGAAGUUUGGGGGCCAUUCCAUUUCAAGUUUCCAUCCUCAUUCCUUUCCUGAGUAUCAUGAUAAUUUAGCCAAAAGUCUUCCAUCCAACUCCUCAAGCACCAUUCCAGAGAUGGUUGGCGGUCUUGGUCCCCGAAUUACUGAUGGACUUGAUAAUAGGCACAUUCGUGGAGUGAGCACAAAUGGGCACCGGAUAGAACCUAGUGGUGGGGUUUUUGGAUCACCUAGUAAUGGAAGCCAAUCACUUCAUGGAAAUCAUUAUGCAUGGAACAAUUCCAACUCUCAUCACCAGCAUCCUCCAAGUGCCAUGAUUUGGCCCAAUUCACCCUCUUUUGUAAAUGGCAUUCAUGCUAAUCGUCUUCAGCAGAUCCCUGCGUUUCCUAGGGUACCUCCUGUUAUGCUAAAUGCAGUGUCACCUGUACACCACCAUAUUGGUUCAGCACCACCAGUUAAUUCACCAUUCUGGGACAGGCGACAUGCCUAUGCUGGGGAAUCUCCUGAUACUGGUUUUCACUUGGGAUCUCUAGGGAAUAUUGCAUUUCCUGGUAGUUCACCAUCACACGCUGUGGAAAUUGCUUCUCACAGCAUUUUCUCUCAUGCUGCUGGAAGCAAUGGUGUGGUACACUCUCCUCAGCAAAUGUGUCACCUUUUACCGGGAAGGAACCCAGUGAUAUCUAUGCCAGGUUCUUUUGAGUCUCCUAAUGAACGUGUGAGAAAUUUCUCACACCGUAGAAAUGAAUCAAAUCCUAACAAUGCUGACAAGAAACAAUAUGAACUUGACAUUGACCGCAUCAUACAUGGGGAAGACAGCAGAACAACGCUGAUGAUAAAGAAUAUUCCUAACAAGUAUACCUCAAAGAUGCUUCUGGCUGCAAUCGAUGAGCACUGUCGAGGAACGUAUGAUUUCAUUUAUUUGCCCAUUGACUUCAAGAAUAAAUGCAACGUGGGCUAUGCGUUCAUCAACAUGAUUGAUCCACAACAGAUUAUUCCAUUCUAUAAGUGGCAUAGUGUCAAGCAAAUUCCUGCUGUUGUAGAGCUUUGCAUACAAGCUGGGGUAGACAUUGAAAAGUACCCUACAAAAAGAAGAACAAAACCUGUCUAUUGUAUUGAAGGAAGAAUUGUAGAUUUUGAGUCAGAUAUGGGAAAUGAUGAAAUGGGGAUGAAGUUGUCUUCUCAAAAGCUUGAUCCUUCACCGGACUCUUAUAAUGUACCCAAUAGAGGGGAAUUGAUAGGGAAUUCAGAUUCACAAGUAAGAGACGAUCGUUCAAACAACACAAAUAAUCAAGGAAAGAAUUUAACAGAGCUAAGUAUCAUGACAAUGGGCUCAUGGUUUGAGAUGGUAGCAGGAGUGAAGAAGAUCAUGGAGAAGUACAGUGUGUGGACGUGUGGCUAUUGUCCUGAGGUCCAGGUUGGUCCCAAGGGACAUAAAGUUAGGAUGUGCAAAGCAACAAAGCACCAGUCCCGAAAUGGCUUACAUGCGUGGCAAGAAGCAACAAUAGAUGAUCUUGUUGGACCAAAUUAUGUCUGGCAUGUUAGAGAUCCUAAUGGACCUCCACUGCAUAACAAUUUGAAGAGGUAUUAUGGGAAGGCUCCAGCUGUGGUGGAGCUAUUUGUUCAGGCUGGUGCACCCAUUCCAGAUCAGUACAAGAGCAUGAUGAGAUUAGAUGUGGUUACUCCAGAACGUGAUGAAGUUGAUCUUGUGGCUUGAAAUGGUUCUUUCAUGUUGGUGGAUAUCAUGGAUUAGCCAGACAACUAAAGCUCCUGACAUCAUCCUUCUUUAAUGAAGUUGAUCUAAGGUUUUAAAGAAUCAGUCUUUCUUAUUUAUUUUAGAUUUGCAGUGCAGCAGUCAACUUGGUGUGGUUGGGCUUACUCUGGUCCCAUUGCCUUUAUGUUAGUCCUUGAUGCCACUACAACAGCUUCUUCGUUGAGCUUGCCAAGUUGAAACCAGAAAUAGAUGGAGCCAGGAUGAUAUGCACUGCCUGUGAUUCAAAGAGGGGCUAAAUGUUAAAGGUAUAUUGUCUGGUUCAAGUAACUAAGGUUGAAGGAAGGUGAAGCAUGAUGUAGCAUUGCUCUCUAGCCCUCUCCAGUCCUGCUUCCAACGACAGAACUGGACAUGCUUAGAAAGCAAAUAACCCCUUAGACACUGAAGACAAAUCAUCAGGCAUGCAGCAUGAUCAAGCAGCAAAGAGGCUGGAAGAUUUGCUCUUUAAGUUGGCUCACCUUUGAUGAGUGGAAAAAUCAUCAGGCAUGCAGCAUGAUCAAGCAGCAAAGAGGCUGGAAGAUUUGCUCUCUAAGUCGGCUCACCUUUGAUGAGUGGACAAGGCAUCAUCAUCAAAUGGUUCUCUAUCUCACUGAGCACAAUCAAAGAAGGUUCUAAAAUUCAGGCUCAUUUUAGAACGUUACUUGUAAUCCCGUAUUGCAAGCUCAUCAUUUAGAUACGAGGCAAAUUUGGGGGAGGGGGACAGGAAUUUGAACCGCAGCUCUCAGCAACUGGCUAACUGGUACACUUUCUAGUGGGGUUGAACGUCCAAGUGCCAUCAUUUGAGGAUUUGUGAUUGCGGAUACAUCCCCUUUUGUUCGUGUAGAGUUUUGCAACAUCGAAGGUUUCUAACAAUUUGUUCAUUAUUUGAGAAUCCAAGUUAAAGGGCAAAAGACUGAAGAGAGCUGAGAAAUAAAAUUUUUCUAUGCGA